AUGUCGCUCGCUGCUCUUGACGGCCUCAAGGCCGCCAUCGAGCGCAUCAUUCUCGAUCCGAAGUACCAUGAUAUCCUCGCCGUUGUCAAAGGUGCCCGCAACGGGGCGGUCUAUGGCGCAAAAGUCCGCUUCCCUCAUGCGCUUGUCAUGAUCUUCCUCUUCCGUUCGGGAACAUUCCGCGAAAAGGCCGGCCUUGUCUUCCGCGCGACCCGAACGCACGCCCGCAACCUUGCAAAGUUCGCGACUAUCUACAAGUUCACAAUGUACCUACUCAAGAACUAUGGCCCGACCCCGGGCAAGGAGGGGCCCUACGAUGCCUUCUUCGCGGGCCUCUUGGGCGGCUACGUCGUUUUCGGCGGCCGAUCCCCGCGCAGCGGAAAGAUUUCCAGCGUUAACCAGCAAAUCGUAGUCUACGUUUUUGCGCGCGUUGUCCUGGCCCUCGCCCGCCUCGCCGUCACCCCCGGCAAGGGCUUGCCUCUCGUCAGCCGUGAGGACCUCUCGACCAAGAUUAGCUACUACGCCUGGCCUGUCUUCGCCAGCACGAGCUGGGCUAUGGUCAUGUACCUCUUCCGCCAGCACCCGUCCGACCUGCAGCCCAGCUUGCGCAGCAGCAUGACUUACAUCUACCAGCAGAGCAGCGAGUGGGACUCGCUGCGCAACUUCAUCUGGCACAACAAGUAG